UAACUAUCAUAAAUAGUCAUAAUCAAUCUUAGAUUAAGUUAAUUUAACUAUCACAUUUCAAGACUGAAUAAUGACUUUACUAAAUCAUUCCUCUUACUUUGCUAUCAUGUAGACUUAUAAUGAAGAGUGGCAAAGACUUAGAAGAUGGGCUGCAACUUGUGUAGCUAUGUAUGCUGCAUAUAUGGCAAUUCUUGUUUCGGUUUAUCAUCGCUCAAACUAUUUGGAGAGAUCAAUCUCUAAUGAAGGAGAUUAUGAACGACAUGCUUUGAUGGAAAGACUUACACUAAUGGAUAAUGAAGAUUGUUAUAAUCAACUACGUAUGGGAAAGGAUGCAUUCGCAAGACUAGUAAACAUUCUUCAGGGAACAUGUCAUCUUAGAAAUAGUGCACAUAGUAAUGUAGAAGAACAAGUUGCCAAAUUCCUUCACAUUGUUGGUCAUAAUUUAAGGAAUAGAACUAUGAAAUUUUAUUUCAAGCGUUCUAGUGAAACUGUUAGUCGUCACUUUCAUCAAGUUCUUAGAGCUAUAAUAUCUUUAGAUGAUGUCUUCUUAAAGCAGCCUGAUGGAUUAAAGUGCCCUCAAGAAAUCAAGGACAAUACCAAAUUUUGGCCCUACUUUAAGGAUUGCAUAGGGGCGAUUGAUGGGUCACAUUUUCAUGUAAAAGUGUCAAAUGAGGUUGUACAAAGGUAUCGAGGGCGAAAGUACUAUCCAACACAAAAUGUUUUAGCAGCAUGUUCCUUUGACUUGAAGUUCACAUAUGUUUUACCUGGUUGGGAAGGAUCUACAUCAGACUCGAGAAUCCUAGAUAAUGCAUUAAUGAGAGAUUUUGAUAAAUUGAUUGUUCCACAAGGUGAUUAUUGGUGAUUAGAUAAUAAUUUAUUAGCUCAAGUGACUAUUACUAAUAAUAAAUAUCCUUUGUCUAUGCUUCUUAGGUAAAUAUUAUUUGGCUGAUGCGAGUUUUUAGCUAAAAACUGGAUUUCUUACCCCAUAUAGAAGCACUCGUUACCAUUUAAAAGAGUAUAGUGUUCAUCAACCAGAAAAUGCUAGAGAGGUUUUCAACCUUCGACACUCGUCCUUGAGAAAUGCAAUUGAAAGGGCAUUAGGUGUUUUGAAGAAAAGGUUUCCAAUAAUAGCUAGUGGGACGGAGCCACAUUACCCUGUUAACACACAAUCUGAUAUUAUACUAGCAUGUUGUAUCCUCCAUAACUAUCUCAUGGGUGUUGAUCCAAAUGAAAGAUUAAUAGCAGAGGCCGAUAGAGAGCUUUUUA